UUUUUAUCAACAACUAAAGUUCAAUCACAUACUACAUAAUACAAAAUAUUAUUUUUAUUAUAAAAAAAUAAUAACAAUAAGGUGUAUCAACUUUCUCAUUGUUGACCGUUUUAAUUUGUAGACUGUAGUUAUUCCUCAUGGUCCGUUAAUAAUAAUUAUUGAGUUAUUAAUCAUCGAAUAGUUUGUGCAAAUUAUAAUCAUUUAUGUUUUAUUAAAAUUUUAUUCAGAAUUUUAUAUUAUCAAUUCUAUCUGUGCAGAGUUUAAAGAGAGUUUCAUAUUCUGCUUGUAGUUUUCCGUUAAUCUUUGGUAAUUUUAAAAGUCCAAAAAACAACUCAAAAGUAAAUCUUAUUUUAAUUUAUGGGUUCACUUUCUAGCAAAAAAAUAUCUUCUCCGACUCAAAUAAUGGCUGCUACCCAAUUUGUAAAUGAUGCAAUUGCCCAUGAUAAUAUUGUCAUAUUCUCCAAAACAUACUGUAGCUAUUGUCGGGCGGCUAAAGAAUGUUUUGAUAAGCUGAAAGUUUCUUACAAAUCUAUCGAAUUAGAUAACAGAAAUGACAUGGAUGAUGUUCAAGAUGCUUUGGAAAAGUUAACUGGUGCUCGUUCGGUGCCACGUGUUUUUAUAAAUGGUGUAUUUAUUGGUGGUGGUACUGAAGUGAAAAAUAUGUUCAAAAACGGCAAGUUAAAAGAACUCAUCUAAAAAUUAACCUUUUUUAAAGCAAUUAUGUAAUUGAAAUAUACUUUACUUUUAUGAAUAUUA